GUGGCUGGGACGCGGCGCUCGAAGCUGCCGCGUUUUCCUGGGCUUGCGGCUGGAGCUGGGCUCCGGUGCGUGUGCGCGCGGCGGGCUGCGGGGGACCCGGCGGGCGGCGGGGGAGCGGACGGGAGUCCCGGGCUGCCGAUCCGCGCCGGGCCAGACCGCCGCCGGCUCCUGGGCGCGGACGGCACGCGCGGGGCGCCCCUUCGAAGGCCGCCCCGGGCUCGCGGCUCCGCCUCGGCCCCCCGCGACGUGUGUGCGCCCGGCAGCGCGAGGGAAGAAGCGCGCCGGGUUCGCGCGCCCCGCCGACUUGGAAGCGCCUCCCGCGGUGCCAGAAUGCCCAAAAAGAAGCCGACGCCCAUCCAGCUGAACCCGGCCCCCGACGGCUCGGCGGUGAACGGGACCAGCUCGGCGGACCUGACUGUCUGCAGAGACAUGCCGUGGGAAGGUAGUUUAUAUGAUUUCAGGAGCCUGUUUGAUUCCAGUGGGACCAACCUGGAGGCCCUACAGAAGAAGCUGGAGGAGCUGGAGCUCGAUGAGCAGCAGCGCAAGCGCCUCGAGGCCUUCCUCACGCAGAAGCAGAAGGUCGGGGAGCUGAAGGAUGAUGACUUCGAGAAGAUCAGCGAGCUGGGCGCCGGCAACGGCGGUGUGGUGUUCAAGGUCUCCCACAGGCCCUCGGGCCUGGUCAUGGCCAGGAAGCUCAUCCACCUGGAGAUCAAACCCGCCAUCCGGAACCAGAUCAUCCGCGAGCUGCAGGUGCUGCACGAGUGCAACUCCCCCUACAUCGUGGGCUUCUACGGCGCCUUCUACAGCGACGGCGAGAUCAGCAUCUGCAUGGAGCACAUGGAUGGAGGUUCCUUGGAUCAAGUCCUGAAGAAGGCUGGAAGAAUACCUGAACAGAUUUUAGGAAAAGUUAGCAUUGCUGUAAUAAAGGGCCUGACGUAUCUGAGGGAAAAGCACAAGAUCAUGCACAGGGAUGUCAAGCCCUCCAACAUCCUGGUCAACUCCCGGGGGGAGAUCAAGCUCUGCGACUUCGGGGUCAGCGGGCAGCUCAUCGACUCGAUGGCCAACUCCUUUGUGGGCACCAGGUCCUACAUGUCGCCAGAGCGGCUCCAGGGCACACAUUACUCGGUGCAGUCGGACAUCUGGAGUAUGGGGCUGUCCCUGGUCGAGAUGGCUGUGGGCAGGUACCCCAUCCCCCCUCCCGACGCCAAGGAGCUGGAGCUGAUGUUUGGGUGCUCCAUGGAGGGCGACGCUGCCGAGACCCCACCCAGGCCACGGACCCCCGGGAGGCCUCUCAGCUCCUACGGAAUGGACAGCCGGCCACCCAUGGCGAUCUUUGAGUUGUUGGAUUACAUAGUCAAUGAGCCUCCCCCCAAACUGCCCAGUGGGGUCUUCAGUCUGGAGUUCCAGGACUUCGUGAAUAAAUGCUUAAUAAAAAACCCUGCAGAGAGGGCGGAUCUUAAGCAGCUCAUGGUCCACGCUUUCAUCAAGAGGUCCGAUGCGGAGGAAGUGGACUUUGCAGGUUGGCUGUGCUCCACCAUCGGCCUUAACCAGCCCAGCACACCGACCCACACGGCUGGCGUCUAAGCCCCUGGGACCUUCCUGGCGCCGUGGCCGGGUCACCAUAGGCCUUCUUCCCAUGCCUGUCCCUGUGCAGACGUGCGUUUCACCCGUGACAAAGGAUGAAGAACACAGCAUGUGCCAAAAUUCUAGCUGUACCCUUUCAACUCUGCCUGUCUGUAUUCUUACUCCUGUCAUUCACUCCCUGGGUUGAUGGCUACAUGCUGGGGCGAAGACACACACUCAGUGCUGACUGGGGCUGGUGACUGCGGGGCCACUCCUGCUGGCCCUGUGCUGUCGCCCCUUUCUCCCAUGAUUGGCUCAGUUCCGGUAUUUCCAGGAUUCCUUGCGAAUUGGUGGUACUUUAUCCCUGCCAGCUUCCCUUGGGAGACUCCACAGGCAGUGCAUGUACCGCAUGCUUUGCUGCUACUCAGAAUUGAGCAUCGGAAUGUGUUUGUCACGUACCUUUAUUAUGACUAUUUUCUUGCUUUGGGUUGUACAAUUCCGCAGUACCCAUCAGAUCCUCGGCAGAGCCCCUCGCUACCACUGCCAGUCUGUCUUCUGGUUGCAUUUCUAUAUUUAUUUUGAAAUACACUGUGUGGGGUCUUUAGUGGCAUAUGUCCCUAGCUCCGGUUACCGUUUCUGAAAUGGAGUUUGAAUGUUACCAAGGCAUUAACGUGUGUGAGAUUUCUGCUUCCCCCAAAGCCAAGUCCUGAUGCUCUUGUAAACAGCAGUGUGUACAGUGCCUAAGAAUUGUAUGAAAUCCUCAAACCGUCUUAAUCCAGAUGUUUAACAAAUCGAAUCUCCUAUUCAAAUAAAUAUGCUUUUAAAACGGA